AUGAUGUUGUAUAGUGGAAACGAUUUAAAUGAUACACAAAAUAAUAUAAAUAAGAGAAAUCAGAGGUUCGGAAUAUAUUCAGCAACUUCAGCAGCGAGUCUAUCGACAUCGACAGGAAAUCAACAUCAUCAGACAUAUACAGAUAGCGGUGAGCUGGAUUGGGAUUCAAUGACGAUCAAAGGAACCAGUACUGACCUAGAGAAGCCAUACCUCAGAUUGACAUCGGCACCGGAUCCAUCGACCGUCAGACCCGAACCAACGUUACGAAAGACAUUCGAUCAUCUCAAACGCCACUGGAAAGACAAACAAGACUACACCUAUAUCUGUGAGCAAUUCAGAUCGAUGCGACAAGACAUGCGAGUACAAAACAUCAAGAAUCAAUUCUCAAUCGAUGUCUAUGAAGCUCAUGCAAGAUUAGCAAUGGAAAAUGGAGAUUUAGGACAAUUCAAUCAAUGUCAAACACAACUUUUCGAACUAUAUAAGAUUCCAGGAAAUAAAGGUAAAGUAGCAGAGUUUUUCGCUUAUAGAAUAUUAUAUUGUAUCUUUCAGAAUAAUAGCACAGAUAUGACAAAAACAUUUUCAGAGUUAACACAAGAUUUGGCAGCACAAGAAUGUGUAAAGUAUGCAUUGAAGAUUAGAGCAGCAUUCUAUGACAACAACUUUAUAAGAUACUUUAAAUUGUGUCAGAGUACUUUUAAUAUGGAGAACUAUAUAUUGGAUAAGAUAUCACCAAGAAUCAGAAUAACUGCACUUCAAGUUAUGACCAAGGCUGUUAGACCAACUAUUUUAUUGGAACAAAUCACACCAUUGGGAUUCGCAAAUGAUAAAGAGGCUCGUGAGUAUUUAGAAAAGCAUUCAUUUAAAUUUACUGAUAAGAACAAGACUGAAUUUGAUACCAAGUUAAACCAUCCGAUCGCUAUGAAAAUGGAACAACCUGUUAUCAAUGUAAUUACAAAUGAUAAAUUUUAA